AUGUCUUCUCCCGAGCCUUCGCGUCGACGCACCCGUUCAACUUCCGCACCACCCCGCUUCAAAACGUUUCAAGUUAUCAAGCCGUUCACGAUAGACGAUUACUGCUAUCUCAAAGAGCCGGGCAUCGUGGCCCUGAAAGUCGGCUACCAUGGAAUCAUUGCCCAGUCGGCUGCCGACGGAUCGAAGAGAUAUCCCCCUGUGAGAUUACUUCGCACGACAAAGACACCACAAGGCCUCGAGACUUAUUCAGCCCUCCAUAAGAGGGGCGAGGAGUUCAAUGUCCCCCGUGAUCGCAUCAAGAUUGGGAGCUUUGUCCCGGAAGAUGUCCCAGAAAAUGUCCCGGAUGAUCAACGGCAUCUCUUUGAGAUCAUACCCAAAGACAGGAAGCUGAACCCCAGAAGAAUUAAAACACGCCCCGGACGUGAAGAACAUACGUGGAUUCGAACAACACAGCCGGCCAAGCCUGGCAUGCCAGAGUGUUGGGUCUUUCGUACUGCUCCUCGACGAAUCUCAUCACGCAAUGUUGCCUUCCAAUUCGUAAAUGGGAAUGGCGAGUCUCGAAACGUCUGUCGAAUUGAAAUCUCGCCAAAAACCUGGAACUCGUUAAAUCUAAACUCGGCCUCCCUGGUCAAUCGUGUGGUCGAGAUCACGGUCGACGGGCAAAGGCAUCCGUUCCAUUGGCGGAAUAUCCCGGCUAUUGGGCCUUUCGACUGCUGGGCCGAGGCAUUGCGUGUGGCCGUUUGCAUUGAAUACAUGGAUGCUGAUGGUCAUUGGAAGAAGCAAUAUUUCCAAUCGACAAACUUCAAGCGAUUCUCCACAACUCCCAUCUGCCGUCGUUUGCAUGAAAGGGGAAUAGAGGAGCCCUUCAAAGCCGUGGUCCGCAUCGUGGAAUUCAACUUCCUAGACCAACGCUUUGUCGCUUCCAACCCCUCGGAGAUAUCGCGGCCCUGCCCUCGGCUUCUAUCUUUGGAAGAGACGGAGAAGUUGAUCAGGCGGAAGCUUGGUACGAGACUUCCCUUAGCAUGGAAAAGUCUCGCAGAUCGACCCAGAAGACGAUGUGAUCUUUGCAUUACAGGAACCGACGAGUUGGGUUGCAAUACCUCCCGAUCAACUACCGUCACACCGGGUGGCCAAAUUCUCAUCCAAUGUAAACUCGCCAAGUUGAUGAUGCGGUACUGCACCUUCAACGCGGAUAUUGGCCAAGCCAGUGAACUCCAGGACCUUGCAUUCAUUCGUCGGGAUGCGUUUGUCCCACAGUCUGCGCUAUGCCCACCAAAUGAGAAACAGCACCUCGCCAUGUUGGAGAAUUUUAAAGACUAG